GGACUUCGACUAUGUCGACCGCUGGAGCCUUUUCCGAUUUCGACUUUGUCGAAGAUCGGCCUUGCUAUCUCUUGGUCGAUGGUGCUCGGCUGGAGUCCAGGUCAUGCACGGAGGGCGGAAAUCGGUGGAGGAGGGCAGAUUUGCUGUCAUGGCUCAAGGAGAUCGGUGUUGUGGUCAAGAUUCGAGGAUGCGGCGUUGCUGUCGUCGUUGGAAAAGAUCGGCGCCGCCUAUCCGUUUACUCUGGUCGCACGGAGCAGGGAUGAGUUUGGUUAUGCAGGGACGGAGGAUUGAUGCAUGGUCUUUGGCAGCCAAAGGCCAUGGAGGGUCAAUUAGCAUGGUACCAGUGGUACGACCUCCUCCUGAACCAUCACCAUGGGAUGUACGAGGUGCUAGAGUUCGUGAAAGUUUUUCUUGUAGUUUUUAUCUGUUUGUUAUUUGUUUUCUUGUGUCCACUUUUGUUGUUGGUUCUGACAGUUUGUUUGAGUUUAUUGCCUCUCUUUAUGUCAUUGUGUAUGGUUGGAUCUAUGGGAACAUGUUUGGUUGUAUCAAGCCCACUACAUGGUUAGCGAUUCGUGUUGCUCUCUCAGGGGUGACCGUCUCAAAGUCUCAUCAUAGGGUUACAGUCUUAGUUGUUGGAGUUUCAGUUGGUGUUAGUUUUAUUUUUCCUUUGCUUGAUGUAAUGAUCCUGAAUCUUUUGAUAUGAAUAGAGGUCUGUUUUGAUGAUAAAAAAACUACAUAAUACUCG